CAUCUGUUCUUACUUGUCUCAGUAGAAAUCAUGACAAUUUCCACUCCCGGUUUGAAAACCAGAGAAUCAAUCAGAGAGGAGACAGGUGACUCCCACAGCAGAUGUUGUCAGUUCUGUAGCUUGGAUCUAUUAAAAUGGGAUUUACUUUCUUGAAAUUUUGGAUACCUGUUUUAGUUCUAGUUUCUGUAGCUGCAAGCUCUAACAUAUGCACUUCUAGAGGAGUAAGCACAUGUAAAGAAUGUCUGUCUAUCCAUCCAACAUGUGCCUGGUGUGCUCAGGAGAUCUUCAGAAAAGGAGGAUCAAGUUUGUCUCGGUGUGAUCUGAGAGACAAUCUCAUUCAGUCUGGUUGUGGCGUGAAGUUUAUUGAGUAUCCAGUUAGCAGCAUGAAGAUACUAGAGGACCGCCCCCUGAGUGACAAGGCAGGGGGUUCAGCCAGUGAAAUCACUCAGAUCCAACCACAAAAAAUCCACCUCACCCUUAGGCCAGAUGAUUCAAAGCAUUUCUCCGUCACUGUGAAGCAAGUUGCUGAUUACCCAGUGGAUCUGUAUUACCUAAUGGACAUGACCAAUACCAUGAGGGAUGACUUGCAAAAGCUUUAUGCUCUUGGAAAUGAUCUUCCACGUGCUCUACGCAGUGUCACCAGUAAUCUGCGCAUGGGAUUUGGAGCUUUUGUAGACAAAACCCUCUCACCUUACAUGUAUAUUUACUCUGAAGAAGUCAUCAAGAAUCCUUGCCAUAAGUCUUCUGAACCUUGCCCUCCACAAUUUGGCUAUCGUAACAUACUGUCUCUGACGGAGCAAGUAGAACGGUUCACAGAGGAAGUUAAGAAACAGAAAGUGUCCAGAAACAGAGAUGCGCCAGAAGGUGGAUUUGAUGCUAUCAUGCAAGCAGUAGUAUGCAAGGAUAAUAUUGGAUGGAGGCCCGAUGCAUCUCAUUUGCUGGUAUUCACAAGUGAUGAUAGGAGCCAUUUGGCUUUGGAUGCUAGACUCGCUGGAAUCGUCCAGCCCCACGAUGGGAAGUGCCACAUCAACAAAGACAAUGAAUAUGACAUGUCCACUACACUGGACUACCCUUCACUUGGUCUGAUCACAGACAAGAUAUCUGAAAAUAAUAUCAACCUCAUCUUUGCUGUUACCGUCAAUAUGGUGUCACUAUAUCGUAAUUACAGUGAGCUGAUUCCUGGCUCUGCGGUCGGAACCCUCUCUAAAGACUCAGGAAAUGUUGUUCAACUCAUUCUGGACGCUUAUGCUAGUAUAAGAUCCAAAGUUGAAUUAGAGCUUUUGGGUGUGCCAGAUGAGUUAUCUCUGUUCAUCAAUGCAACCUGUCUGGAUGGAGUGGUCACCACAGGGGUCCGAUCCUGUGCCGGACUCAAGAUUGGAGAUAAGGUCUCAUUUAGCAUUGAGGCAAAACUACACGGUUGUCCCAAAGAAAAGAGUCAUACCUUCACUGUGAAACCAAUUGGCUUCAAAGAUGCACUGCAGGUGACUGUUGACUUUGAUUGUGACUGCAACUGUCAGCUGUCCUCUGAACCCAACAGCCCCUCCUGUCACCACGGCAAUGGUACCCUUGAGUGUGGCGUGUGCCUGUGCAAUCCGGGCAGACUGGGCUCUCGAUGCGAGUGCUCUGAGGGGGAAUAUAACCCAACCCAGCAAGACCGCUGUAGCCCCAACCCAGAGACACCGGUCUGUAGCGGACGGGGAGACUGUGUGUGUGGCCAAUGUAGCUGUCGCUCAAGUGAUUUUGGGAAGGUUUGGGGGCCAUACUGCGAAUGUGAUGACUUCAAUUGCAUCCGUUCCAAAGGACAGCUUUGUUCAGGUAAUGGUGAGUGCAACUGUGGGUCCUGUCAGUGUAACCCUGGGUGGGACGGUGAGAGCUGUGACUGCUCGACCCGCACAGACAACUGUAUGGGGAGUGGAGGGAUGCUUUGUAGUGGGCGUGGCCACUGUGUUUGUGGUGUCUGUGAGUGCACUCAGCCAGGAGCCUAUGGAUUAACCUGCGAGAAGUGCCCCACCUGCCCUGAUGCUUGUACCAUCAAAAAGGAGUGUGUCGAGUGUAAGCACUAUAAGAGAGGGGAUCUGUAUGAGAAGAACUGUAAUCACAUCUGUAGAGACGAUAUUUUGCCAGUGGAUGAGCUUGUCUUUCAUGAAAAGAAUGCAGUGAACUGCAGCUACAAGGAUGAGAACGACUGUGUUCAGAACUUCCAGUAUUAUGAAGAUGCCAGUGGAAAAUCCUUCCUCUAUCUUGUUAAAGAGCCAGAGUGUCCUAAGGGUCCUGAUGUUUUGGUGGUUGUUCUCGCUGUGACUGGUGCUAUUCUGUUGCUGGGACUGGCUGCACUCUUGGUUUGGAAGCUCCUGAUCACUAUUCAUGACCGCAGUGAAUAUAUCAAGUUUGAGGAGGAGAAAGCCAAGGCUAAGUGGGAAGCGGCUAAUAAUCCGCUCUACAAGGGAGCCACCAGCACCUUCCAAAAUGUAGCAUAUCGUGGCAGUAAUGAAUGACAUGUCAUCUGCUUCUGUCAAAGAUGGCUAAUGAUCAUAUCAUUAACAGUUUCUCAACCAAUCACAGCUGGAUUCAUCCAGGCUUUUGUCUGUCAAGAACCGAGGGGAUAAAUGCAGUUAUGUAAAUAUUGCACUAAUAGGAAUACUCUUAGAUUGUCAAAUAAGACAUAUGACUAAUUUUUUAAAAAGUCCUAAGUGUGGAAAUAAGGCAUUAAGUGUGACAUGUAAAAACAGUGGCAUGUGUGAACAGUCAUGCUACACAAACCAAAGACAAACCAUUGGAUUAUUGGAAAUGUAAUGCGCAUCUGAAAUGGUAACAUAAGUAUUAAAUUUUCAAUAACUGCACAGUCAACCGCGUAUAGCACAAUUACCACAUGUACAUGUUUAUCUUAAGACAUUUUUCAGGUUUUCAUCUCUAAGACGUGCUUGCUUAUAAGUUAAGUAUCUUGCUUAGAAACAAUCCAAGCUGAAACUUGAAAAAAUUGUGGCAAGGUGAUAUAGAUCUGUAAUGUGGUCAGCAAGCUCAAAUCUACUUCACCGGUGUGUAAUGGACCUUAUUCACAAAUUGUGAUGAAUUUUCCCACCUUAAAUCUAGCAAAUGUAAAUUUGUAACAUUAAUCUUUGAGUUAUAUUACCUUAAAUUAGUUUAAAAAUCCUGCUUACCAUAGCUGCGAUUGGGGUUUCUGAUACAGUUACUGAAAGUCAAUUUUUAAGUAAAACUUUUCGCUUUUUACUGUCAAAAUCCAACACUCUAUAUUUUUUCUCUUGUGGAAAGUUGAUGAAAUGUAAUAGUGGAUCUUUUCUUUUCCUGUUGAAGCCAAAUUAAUAUUCAUACCCAUUCGCCUCUAUAGAAGCUUACCAUGCAAUAGUUAACUUCCACAUUCCAAACCUGAAAAUGUAAAAAGGGUCCACUAAUCAGCUUUUGAACAUGUGUCAACCAGUCAGAUUCAGCCAUUAAACAGUGCCAUGAUCAUGUAUAAUAUACACUGGAAUUUCAUUGAAGUAUUCUGAUACUUUUGUUGCCACGGUAGUGAUUGUAAGGUUCUGUUGAGCCCUGUUGUAUUUUAUUUUCUUACAGUGAUGAUGGAAGAGAAUGUGAUAUCUUGAGAAUAAUAUAUAUUGUUAUACUGUAUGUGUCUUUAAUAUCUUGGCGAUAAUACAGCAUAUAUAGGGCUGGGACGACGCGUCGACGUAAUCGAUGACGUCGACGCAAAAUAUGCGCGUCGAUUCGUCAGACCAAAACAAAGAUGGCGGCGCCGGAGAAUAGAAGCAAAACGAGUGGCUCCUCAGACUACCAGAAGUGCAAGGCGGCACGCACUCGUUCAUCUAAAUGUGGGAAUUCUUUAAUUUAAAAGGAAAAAAUUAUGUGAUAUGUCGUCUUUGCAAAAUGGAGAUGGCUUUCCAUUCUAGCACCACGGCAAUGCACCAGCGCUAGGGCUAGGAUGACGUCGACGCAAAAUAUGCGCGUCGAAUUGUCAGACCCAAAACAAAGAUGGCGGCGCCGGCGCCAACACGAGUGGCUCCUCAGCCUAUAGAAGUGCAAGGCGGCAUGCACUCGUUCCUCUAAAGUAUGGGAAUUAUUUAAUUUAAAAGGAAACAAUUCCGUGAUAUGUCGUCUUUGCAAAAUGGAGAUGGCCUUCCAUUCUAGCACCACGGCAAUGCACCAGCAGAUGACAGAGCACCGUAAGUUUUUUUUCAACUCCCCACUUUGCACUCGAUGUUGGAGUAGGCUAUAAUACGUUGUCGACACCUAAAGUUUUCGCUUAUAGCUAUUAAUAAUGCGCUUACAUCUAUGAAUGAAUGUCGUGAAAAAUACAUAGAGGACACUGACAACGCGCUGACAGACAGGACCAAGCAGGUAACAUUUAAUAAAGUCUCAACUUUCAAAUUUGGUCAUUCAAAGAAAAUUAAACCAUAAAUAGGCCUACUAUUUUGUGGAUCUUACUAUAAUGUGUCGUGACAGAUUGCCUCAGUUAAAGCUGCUCGUGAACCGAUCAUCUUUUCCUUGGUUAAUUUAUAGCAUCAAAUAGGCUAAACAUGAAUGUAGCCUACAUCAGAAGGAUUGUUGUUUUAAACGCGGAAAGACGUCAGUACAGUAGCCUACAAUUCAUUAUUCAAAUCCACCGACGUUAAUCUUCUCUCUCCUGACUACUUUGUCGGACAAAAAUGGCGUAUUAUGAUUGAUUGAUCAGAUCGCCAGUCAAUGAAACUCCCGGCAAAUGUUUUUUUUUUUUUUUUUUUUUACAUUUUAUACACCCCCACCCCCAAUGAAACCGGUAUUACCGGUGUUGUCACAAGUCGAUUAAUCGAAUCGAAAUCGAAUCGGACUGAAAAAUUAAUCGUUAGAUUAAUCGAUGCAUCGAAAAAAUAAUCGCUAGAUUAAUCGUUUAAAAAAUAAUCGUUUAUCCCAGCCCUAAUGACAAUGCUGUGACUUAAAUUGCUUAUGGUGAGAAUUUUAAACUAUUCUGUCCUUACUGUACAUUCCUCCACUAAUUACAUUUUGUGUUGCACUGCUUGUAUUCUUUUUUUUAUUAUUAGCAAUUUUAAGUACUUUUCAACAAAGUGAUAAAAAAUAAAAAAAAUGGUCUAAUCAUUUACUCACCCUAAUGCCAUCCCAGAUGUGUGACUGAC